GUGCUGGUUGAUGCUUUUGUGGCUCGGACUGGUGUUUGUCCAGAGGCUGCCGGUGCUGCUGUCACCACAUCCAUGCCCGAGGCAUGCCGAGGCUCUAAUCACCUCCAUGGUAAUUAGCACAGGGGAUGCUUUCCACCAGGGCCACGGCCGGAUCCAGCUCCCCACGGCCAGCGUCAGCCGGAGCAACCACCUCCAGCACCAGCUUCAUCUGGCAAAAAGGCUCUAAAGGCACAGAGAGAAGGAAAGGGAGGAGAAGGAACCAAACACGAUGCCCACAGGCACAUCUGAUGGCUGGCAAAGGUUUCUUCUUGCCCAGACACCUCUGUGGGCUCUUCCAGCCAUGGAAAACCAGGGGCUCCUCCUUCGCCCCCAAGUCUUGGGAGGCGAUCCCACACCUGCUGGGUAUGCUGCUGUCCCCCUCCUCUUCUCUCUUUUUCCCCCUCUCUUUUCCCCUCCCCGGAAGCCGGAGUUGUUGGAUUUUUCCCCGGCAGGUUCAGGUGGAGGUGGAGCAGUGGGAGGGAGGGACAGGCAGCCCUUCCCACGGGCCUGGAGCCCGGGGAUUGGGGCAGCGGGAGCGCCCGGCCGAGGGCAGGGGCUGAACUGGGAGGAGAAAUAGAUAAACUAUUAAAACAGAAAGAAAAAAAAGAGAGAAAUUCCAAGCACUGAUCUGGCCGGUCGGGUCGGCUGAAAGCGGGAGGCAGCAAGCAGGAAGCCUGCGGCUGGGGAAGCUCCAAAGAGGAAAUGGCUUAGGAGUGACCCAUCCAGGAGCAGAGCUGGAGCAUCGUGCCAGGCAGAGACAGCCCCACGCCAUCCUCGUGAGCGUCUCCCACCCUUUCUCCAUGUGAAAUCCAGGCCCAGCCCGCCCUGUGGCAGAGGCAGGUGGACUUUGCCCCCCGGAAGACGCCGCGUGAGAUGCUGGCAGCGCCUGCGCCUGUCACCUGAGCACACCAUGGCAGACCUUUGCAGCGUGCCCCCUGAAAUCCUGGUGCCAGCUGCCAACGAGACACUAGAUCUGGUGCUGGGGAGCCAGGUCGAGCUGAACUGCACUGUGCGCUGGGUGGGCACCGAGCGCUGCCAGCCCAUUCCUGCCUGGAGCAAGGAUGGGCAGUGGUUGGGCAAUGGGAGCAGCCAGGACACUGUCUGGUCUGGCCAAAACUCUUCAGAGAAGCUCCUGGCCAGCAUCCUGCAGCUCAACCUCACCCACAAUACCGAUUUUGGGGUGUUUGCCUGCUGGAUCAGCAAUGCCACGGCCACCUUCACCCUGCGGCGAGCAGAGGCCGUGGGACACGUGCCAGCGGUGCUGGCAGCCCUCCUGGUCCUGCUACUUCUGGUGCUCCUGGCUGUGCUCUACGUCCGGUGCCACCUGAAUGUGCUCCUCUGGUACCGGGACCGCUACGGAGAGCUGGAGAUCAACGAUGGGAAGCUGUACGAUGCCUACGUCUCCCACGCCACCGCCCCCGACGACCGAAAGUUUGUCCACUUCAUCAUGAAGCCGCAGCUGGAGAACCGCCACGGCUACAAGCUCUUCCUGGACGAGCAGAACAUCCUGCCCAACUCAGAGCCAUCAGCUGACCUCAUCAUGAAUGUCAGCCGGUGCCGGCGCCUCAUCGUGGUGCUCUCCGUCGCAUACCUGGAGCAGGAUUGGUGCAACAGCAGCUUCAGGGAAGGGCUCUGGAGGCUGCUGGAGCUUUCCAGGAAACCCAUCUUCAUCGUCUUUGAGAGCCAGUACCGGGAGAUCACUCACCCCGCCAUCACCCUGCUGAAGCAGCACCGAAGCGCUGUGACCCUGCUGGUGUGGAGAGCUGGCUCCAUGACCCCAUCGUCGGACUUCUGGAAGGAGCUGUGCCUGGCCCUGCCGCGCAAGGUGUCCUUCCCAGGGAGCGUGGGGGACCCGCAGACCCAGCUGCAGGAGGACAAGGACCCCAUGCUGAUCCUGCACAGCAGCUACCUGGACAGUGCAGGAGACCUGGACCCAGACGGGGACCUCGGCACAGGCCUCCGAGGGCGCGUCUUCGGAAGCCCCCCGCCGCCCCGCCUCGGUGGCCGCGGCGCUCCCAGGGCGUGCAGCGGGACGGAGGAUGCACAGCUGCGGGACGGGCAGCGCUCCGAGCUCGACGUCUCGGAUCUGGGAUCGCGCAACUACGGCGCUCGCACGGACUUCUACUGCCUGGUGACAGAGGAUGACAUCUGAGCAGGGCCACAGGUGUCCCCCAUCCCUGUGGGGACCAAGUUAGGGCCGAGGAGCCUGGGAGUUAUGGGAUCAGAGGCACGGCCAUGCUGGGAAAGCAGGAGCUGGCUCCAAAGUGGAAAACUGGAAAACCAUCUGGGAGCACCCUGCCCGUAAUGCCUCAGUGCCACCCCUGGAUGCCACCCAGGUGGCUGGGCCCUGUCCCUUGCCGUGGGUGGCAGGGACAUUCUUCCUGCAUGAUGGACAAAUACUGGGAUGGGUGAUGCUCUCCAAGGAACAAUGUGCCCCAGCCCCAGGGAGUGCCCGACAGGAGUGCUGGCAGCACCUGUGUCCCAUGGAAACCCCCGUGACAAUAAAAGGCUGCUGCACCCAC